GCGAUGAGUAGCGGAAGAAAAAUUCCCAACAAGAAAACGAAUUCAAAAUACUAUGGUAAGGUUGGUAUCGGUUGUGAAGAAAUGGAUACGGAUAUCACGGAGCCAGUCACGAGUGAAAGCAAUUCAUUUAUUGAGCAGAGCUUAGAUCACACACAAGCUCAAAUUCAACAACAACUGCAAAGAUCUCUGGAAGCAAGCAAACAGAUGUUGUAUGGCGUUUUUGGAAAUGUUAUAACAAUACUAGAGGAGUAUGAACGAAGAGAGCUACAGCAGUUUAAAAUACAACACAAUAUCCCACAUUCUGAAAUCUUCAUUCCAGAUCAGAGACAUAAAACAUUUGAUGAUAUCAAAAGCAAUGUGGAAUGUCAGCUUUUACUCUUCGAGACUCAAACGAAAGCAUGCCCACCAGAAGUAUUCGCUGCGCUUCGUGGAGAACUGAAGAGCCGAACACUUGGUUGGUCUGCAGUAAGAGCAGAGAUGGGUUUAAAAGAAAUUCAUCAAACAGAUCUUUAUAUCAUGCAGCUUUACGAAAUCUUGGUUAAAGGAGGCACAUUUCAUAAACCAAUUAACAGUGACAAUGUAACAGAACAAGUGAUGAAAGAUGGCUUCCAAGCUAUGAUUUAUGGCGACCAUGACCGUGCACAGCUGGAUAAAGAGUUUAAAGAAAAUCCUGGUAAAGAGGCAACAGGUCCCAAAACUAGAAGAAGUGAAAUGAUAAAGGAAGGUGCUGACAGAAUUUCUCGUGCUCGUGGUGACAAAACACUUGAUAUCAGUCUCAAAGAAGAUGUCAUGAAAUAUGAAAGUGGCGGACCUGAAAAUCUAAAAUAAAACAUUGACAGAUGAUUAGUGAUCUUGUUUCCAAAGCAACCGUUUCAAUUUUUGCGAUGACUGAGCAAAUAAAUCAACUGUGAUUAGUUGUCUACAGGUUAAAAAGAAUAUGGUUGUUAAAAAUAAAACAAAAGAAGAACAUUUUUAAUUUGAUUUUGUAUUGCUGGUAAUACCAGAAUAAAUAUUAUCAAUGAAAUAUAUAUUAUUUUUUACACAUUUAUGAUAUGUGUUCUUGUAUAUAAAUAAAUGUAUGUACAUUCACUACAUCAGUAACAUUUUUUUAAAUGAUGUUCGUUGCUAUUAGUAAUGUUAUGCAGAAAGUAAAUAAAAUUAAAAUGUAUUCCUGGGUUACCUCUCUGUGUACAAUUGAAUAUUUCAGGACAAUUUAUUCGCUUUGUCAAUCUGAUAUUGAUGUACAUAUCAGCAUGAUUGCCGGACGUACGCUUUUAUAAUGCAAGUUCCGCUAUUGAUACUGAAUAACUCGCACGCAUGUUGCUAUUAAAUAUUAUCAUUGGUACUGAUAACGCAUAACACUCCCAAAGAAGCUUCCAUGAAAUGUUAAAAACGAUAACUCUUAUCUCAUUAUUAUCUUAUUAUAUCAUUUGUUUAUGAAAGACAAAACUUUUUACCAAGCUAUGGAUGUUUAAAUGAGAACGUUCAAAUACAAGAAACUGUAGCUUUAGAG